UUGAAGGAAGAAUUAGAUGCUGUCUCUAUUGCUGCCACGUGUUCGUCCUUUUCAGGUCUUAUAAAAAUAUUUUCCCUUCCUCUUUGACCAAUCACCAUUACAAUUCCCAUUUCCCCAUUUCUUCCACUUCAUUUUUCUCUCCCUUCCGAUUUCAAUCUGCCGUAGAAAAAUGAGUAAAUUUUGGACGUUGGCCACCCAACUUCAUACUCUUUCUGGGCCUGUUUUGAUGUUGCUGUAUCCUCUAUAUGCGUCGGUGGUAGCCAUCGAAAGCACCUCCAAAUUAGACGAUGAGCAGUGGUUGGCUUACUGGAUUAUCUACUCAUUUCUCACUCUCAUGGAGAUGGUUAUUCAACCUAUAUUAGAGUGGAUUCCAGUUUGGUAUUCGGUGAAAUUGGUAUUUGUGGCGUGGUUGGUUCUGCCACAGUUCAAAGGUGCAGCUUUCUUGUAUGAAAGAUUCGUGAGGCAGCAAAUUAAGAAAUAUGGUGUAGGAAGCAAUUCUGGUGAUGCCAAAGCCAAGAAUCACUAAUUCACAUAAUUAAAAGGGAGUUGGAAUCUUGAUAACGAAGGUAUCAUAAAGAAGAAUUGGUUGCUUCAUGGUGGACCAUCUUUCUGGAUUUGACUUCUUUUGUCUUUUUUUUUUUUCUCGUUUGGUUGUGCUAAACAGAACUAGUAUUGGACAUCCUUGUAAAUGAAACAAACACUUUUUUUUUUU